AUGGCGAACAACCGUGAACGCGUUCAGUCGGUGUCCAAUGACACCACUCUUGGUCACGCAAACUUCACUGUUGGUUAUUAUGCCGAUCCGACAACGCGUAUUGCUUCUUCGUUCGAUGAAGCAUACACUCAACUUGGUGCUUUGUAUGGUGGCUUUUUUGGUCCGUACAAACUCAUCAUUUCCGGCGGUCCUUGUUGGUUGGGCGGAAAACGAGUUGAAAAAGCAAUGAGAACUCGUGCACAUCGAUACCGAUGCUCUGUCAAAGGAUGCCCCUGGAGAGCCCAGAUCAGGACAAUGCAAAGUGGUAACUACGAAAGUGUCUAUCUAAUCUACAUUACCUCAACCAGCCGGCACGAUCACGAAUUUACAAGAGCAGCACCAAAUCAUACAGAUCAGUACGGACUGUCACCAUUCUUUAAACAGCUUGCAAAUGCUUUCAUCGCCGGACAGUGGAACCACUCUAGGAGAACCUGUCUCGAGAUUGCCCCCAAUGAAAUUACUCAAUUCAUUCUAUCCAGCAUAUAUCACGAGCACCCAAAAUUCCAGCACACUGUGGAUACACCCACCAAACGAUACCAUGUUGGAAAUCAAGUUACCAAUUUCCUUCGUGUUGUGAAGAGGAACUACGUGAAACGGACAAUUGGGGUCGAGCGAAUAAUGGACAAUGACGAAUUGUCAAGGGUUCUGUCUUUAUACCGAUUUGUCAUUCCAUUUGGGUAUACCCCAAGAUCGGACUAUGCUACCGUAGAACAACUCUGCGAAGCUUUGCGUGCCCCUGGACCAGAAUCCGGUCACAUGUAUCUCUUCAGUCUUUCGGAGGGAGUGGUCCAUGACCGCUACAAGCGCCGUAUUGUGGGGUACAGUGGACGGUCACUUGAGCUGUUCGAAAAGAGAACAGAACAAUGUUUCUUUGCAGUCUCCAUCACGUCUCUCUGGCAGUUAAUGCAUUUCACCAAACGGCCAAGUGGACCGAAGCAACUUUGUUCUGAUGGUACCGGUGGCAUAAGUCAAGACUUGGCUCCAACCAUUAUCACCGGUGGGCUCUCACAGAAGUACAGAGAUGAUCAGUCCAAGGUGACAUCCUCAUUGAGACCGUUCUCUUUCGUGAAAGGAUCCGAAGCCAUCCAUCCAUAUCUUUUGCACUUGUAUUGCUUGCGCGAAUUAUGUUUUCAGCUAUUUGGUACAAGCUUUACAAUUGACUGUGGCACCUCAGAUCACUCUGCUGCUUUCGUUACAGCCCAUCGGCACUUUCAUCAUUGGCCCGAAGUCUGUGAUCUGAACUGGAGGUCAUUGAAAGUUCCGAUUUCGCAACACCAGUCACAGACCAUAUCAUCGUCUUUGACGUUGGCACAAUCUAACAACAGGGGAUGCACCGGAAACCUAUCCUCUACCCAGAACGAUACCCUUUUUGGAAAGUGUUCUCAAGGAACGCAGAAUGAUUUGUCUCAGUCGGUCCUUCCGGAAACUGUGAUAUCCGUGUCGAAUGACCAAGAGAAUGCUAACUUCAAGACAACAUCGAAAUCGUCCAAGGCUGCUGUGAAACUGCUGCCACUUAUCACCAACCACUUUCCUUCUUUCGUUGAGCCAAAUCGGCGAAAGCAAACGAGUUUGUCCAAUGUGCUCCGCCAUCCUUCUUUGUUGUAUCAACCGGUGGAAGGAGUGACUCUCUGCUACUUUCACGUGGUUCAGCAUUUCCGACAGAACAACAGUUUUGUAAGAGCAUUCAAAGAUAGGAUGUUCGCUGCAAAAGAUGACCCGUUCUCUACAAAAGAAGCCACGAGAAAGAAACUGAAGAGCAACAACAAGGAAGUCAAGGAACAGGCUUCGACAUCCAUGUUCCCAAGGGCAUAUCACAUGGUUCAGUGGAUCCAUCGCUGUCGAACAGAACAGCAGAAGACUGCGAUUUCUUACUUGAUAUUGCUGAAUUGGAUUGUACGUGGCAAGUCGUCUGCUGCCGAUUUAUUCUAUCGCUCCUACUGUAGUUCUCCCUACAACUGUUGGAAUUAUGCAACUACUGACGAACAAAUGACAUACCCAAGCAACUGUGCCAUGGAAAGCAACAUGCAUCAUCGAAUCAAGAAAGGAGCACGCCAUGCCAUCCAAGCCAAUGUGUCAACAGAAGGAUACGUAAUCAAAACUCUUCCCAAACUGUUCUCAAAUCAUGAGAUGUCAGGAAGAGACCCGUGUACACUUGAAUACCCCAAGGAUGUCUCACGAUUGAUGGAGGUUGGAUAG